UGUAUGACCAUAGCUCACAAAGUAGGCUAAAAAGCAUAUCUGGGACACAGCUGCAUAUUUUGCUCUCUCGAGGACAGCGGGUAUCUUAUUUUGUCCAGAGAGCACUUGAAGGUUUCAGAAGGGCACGCGAGGACACAGAGCCGGUAUUGUGUUACGGAGCGUCGUCGUCAACCCCCUGGAAGUGUGUUAGUGCGCACAUAAAAGAGCCGAGAUUCGGUCAAGUGCGCACUAGAUUACAAACGCCUGCUGAUUAUUCCCCGGCCUUCGUCGAACCGAGCCACGGCUUUGCAUUAGCAGAAACAUGUACGUAAAACUCUGCAAUUUCGGCAAGUACACAGAAGGCAAGUCUGAACCGAAACCGCUGCAGCCGGAUUCAGACACAUCAAUUGAUAUUCACCGGAAACUCCGUGUUUACCGCAUCGUUUCGCUGGUUCUUUUUGUCAUCUGCGUCCUGUUGCUGAUCGUGGUCCUUGUGCUGGUUAUGAAGUUGACUGGGAGGCAGCCAUGUCAGAAGGUAGAGCAGAUUGUCACCUCUCUACCAGAACAGGAAUGCAGCUUGAAGACAUGCCAAGAGGUUCACCAACUGCCUCAGCCUUUGUGCCGUGAUUGUGGCAAGGGUUGGCUGAAGUUUGAGAAUACUUGUUACUUCCUGUCUCAAAACCGCCUCACUUGGCAGCAGAGCAGGGAGGAAUGCCAGAGGAAGGGAGGAGAUCUUGCCGUCAUUACUAAUGAACGCGUGCAGAUGUAUCUGAGUAAGAUGGGGAAUUUGCACUACUGGAUUGGGCUAAAUCAUUCGGGGGAAAAUGAAUGGACAUGGAUUAACAACACUGUACUGACAGUGAGAUAUUGGGGAGAUACUUCCUUUCCUGGAGAGUGUGCCAUCCUGGCUGGAAAUGAACCACCUGAACGGAGCUGGCGCCCAUCUACCUGCAGUUUAUACUUACAGUACAUCUGUCAAAAGAUGUAGAUGUCCGAACAUCAUCUAUACCCAUUGAAAUCACCUACAGUAUAUAUCUGGAUAUCAUAACUCAACAUAUACUCAAGAUAAUCAUCUCUUCUCUAAAGAUUCUAGUUAGAAAUAGGGAAAUUUAGUCCAUCAACACAGCUCAAAGCUUUUUUUGUACUAUGUGUAUUAUGAAGCAUUAUAGUUGCAGAAAAAAAGCAGUUUUAAAAAUAUCCUGUUUAUUUGUAUUACAAUUGCACUCAUUUCUAACUGUACUGAUCAUGUAUACAAAGUUUGUUUAUUUGCACUAAAUAUGUCUUAAUGGUUACACGAUAAUAAUAAUUGUGCAUACUUUGAGAUGUCCUUUUUUUGUAUUGCUUCAUUAAACUUCCACCUUUAUAUUUAACAAUA